AUGGAAAAUCAUAAUAAGUGCUCAUCAGCCGUUGGCUCGUCUAUCGUGUUACUACAGGAACGGUUCAAGCAGCUGCAAAGGUUGAAAGACAUUAGGCAAGAAAGACAGCUCCUCAAACGACUCUCUCAGUCGAUCAACGGCUUUGAUGGGUCCACCAAUCCAUGCAUGAGGUCUCCACCACCUGAUGAAGCUUCUCAUGAUCCUCUCGCUCUUGGGCUCGACUCUAAUCAUGCGCCAUGUGUUCAAGCUGUCAAGCCUGUUGUACAACAGCCAACAGCAUCUGCUUCUAGGGGCAAACAUAGUGAUUCCUUUGAGGUUGAUUCUGAUGUUGUUGAUACGUCCCUUCGUCUCUAG